AUGUCAGCCGAUUUGCCAGUCCCAGAGACCCGCGUCCUCGCUGUUGCCAGUCAUGUUGUCUCUGGAUAUGUCGGCAACAAGAUCGCCGUCUUCGCGAUGCAGUCGCUCGGCUGCGACGUCGCCGCACUGAACACAGUACAAUUCAGCAACCACACGGGCUACAAGCAGGUCAAGGGGACCAAGGUGUCGGCGCAGGAGAUCACCGACCUCUACGAUGGGCUGAAGCAGUCGUACCUCGAUGACUUCGACAUGAUGCUCUCGGGCUACAUCCCCGGCGCCGAGGCCGUGCAGGCCGUGGGGCGGAUCGCGGCCGAGCUCAAGGAUAAGGCGAGGUCCAGCCCGGGGGGCUUCUUCUGGGUGCUGGACCCGGUCAUGGGCGACAACGGCAGGCUGUACGUCGCCGACGACGUAGUGCCUGCUUACAAGUCGCUGCUGCCGCAUGCGGAUUUGAUAUUACCCAACCAAUUCGAGGCCGAGCUCCUCUCCGACGUCAAAAUAACAGACAUGACCUCCCUGACGCGCGCCAUCGAGGUCAUCCACACAAAGUACGGCGUCCCCCACAUAGUCCUGACCUCAGUGUCGCUCGACAACGACGACAACCACCACGACGGCGCAAGCCCCAACAGGACGCUCUCGGUCGUGGGCUCGACCAUGACGGCGUCGACGCGCAAGCCGCGCGCCUUCAAGAUCCGCUUCCCGGCCAUCGACGCCUACUUCUCCGGAACGGGCGACAUGUUCGCGGCGCUGAUGGUCGUACGAAUGCGGCAGGCCGUAACGGCCGCGGCGGGCGCCCUGGGCCAGACGGAGUCGUGGCUGAGCCCGGACGACGUCGACGCGCUGGACCUGCCGCUCGCGAGGGCGGCGGAGCGCGUCCUGGCCAGCAUGCAUGAGGUGCUCGCCGCGACGUGUGAGAGCAUGAAGGCCGAGGUGAAGAGGGCCGAGGCGGACAUUGGCGGGGGCGACGAGAAGAGGAUGCACCUGGCGCGGUCGAAAGCCGCAGAGCUGAGGCUGGUGAGGCAUCUUGGGUCCCUAAGGGAGCCGGUGGUUGAGUUUAAGGCGCAGAAAAUGUAG